GUAGUUACUGUACCUUGUUACGUUCGUUCAGUUACAUUCAGUCCAGUCUUUAGCAUGGUCGGUGUUGGGUGCGUGUAACUUUUACCAGUGUUUCAUGAAUUAAAUGGGCCAACAGUCAACCUAAUAUCAAAAAUAUUUUGUUUUUAUAAGAAGACGUAGAAGUAACAAUUUCUCUUGACAAUGACAACGAAAAUUGCAAAUGGUGCAACAGAGUUGGAUACUUUCCUCCCUCAGGACAAUUCUACGAUAAAUGGUGUAACAAAGUACAAAAUAUCCAAAGGAAAUGACCUGGAAGCAGCUAACGUCGACUUCGACCCGUUCAAGGCCAGGCAGCUAGAACACCCCGUAUCUGAUGUGGACACGCUGACACAUCUCCUCAAAGCUUCACUGGGUACAGGAAUCCUGUCCAUGCCCGCUGCGUUCUAUGCCUCCGGCUUAGUAUUGGGCAUCUUCUCGACGAUCCUAGUAUCAGUUAUAUGCACCCACUGCUCGUACAUUUUGGUUGUUUGUGCCCAUGAACUAUACAAAAAAUCUGGGAAGUCCCAAAUGAGUUUCGCCGAGGUAGCUCAGGAGGCAUGUCUACGCGGUCCUAAGUGGGGAAAAAAGUUUGCUGGAUCAGCAAGGCAACUAGUUUUAAUAGGAAUUUUCGUAACGUACUUCACAACAUGCAGCUGCUAUUCCGUUAUCAUCGCAAGAAAUUUCAACUACGUCGUCAAUCACUACCUGGGCUAUGAAGUUCCAAUCAGGCUAACGAUUUCUCUUCUCCUGAUACCACUGAUACUUUUAGCUUAUGUACCAAAUCUAAAGUAUUUAGCACCGGUUUCCAUGGUUGCUAACGUAUUCAUGGCGGUUGGUUUAGGUAUCACGUUUUACUACCUCGUCGUCGAUAUGCCGCCGAUUUCUUCAAGAGCCCUAGCCAAUAGCGACAUCUCAAAAUUCCCUACAUUCUUUAGUAUCACUGUUUUCGCAAUUGAGGCUAUCGGAGUGGUAAUGCCCUUAGAGAAUCACAUGAAGACUCCUCAGCAUUUCACAGGAUUAUGUGGAGUUUUAAAUCAAGGAAUGAGCGGUGUAACUCUAGUUUACAUGCUGUUAGGUUUCUUCGGAUACCUAAAAUACGGGGAAAACAUUCAGGGAUCUGUUACUCUUAACCUCCCCCAGGGCGACUAUGCUGCUCAAACGGUGAACGUUCUCAUCGGCUUAGCAGUUUUCUUUACCUUUGGACUACAGUUCUACGUGUGCAUCGACAUAGCCUGGUGUGGAAUCAAGGAACGUGUUCAAAAAAACAAAGUCGUCGCCGAGUAUAUCCUACGCACUGUAAUGGUAAUAGUAUGUGUAGCACUGGCCAUAGCGGUACCUACAAUAAUCCCGUUCGUAUCGUUAAUCGGUGCUUUUUGUUUUUCAAUCCUGGGACUGAUGGUUCCAGUCGGUAUUGAAGUUUUAACGUUUUGGGACAAAGGGUUUGGGAAGUUUAACUGGAAAUUUUUUAAGAAUGCUAUAGUCAUAUUUAUAGCACUUUUAGCUUUAAUUUUUGGUUCGAAAUCUGCCAUUUUGGAUAUUGUUGGUAUGUAUGCACCGGCCGUAUCUAACACUACAGUACCAGUAAACACCACCGUUAGUUAGGGGAUUUUUGUAUUAUUUAGGUUUUAAUUUUAGUCUAAGGAAAUUAGGUUUAUUUUUUUUUUAAUCAGGGUCUUUAUAUGUAAAUAUGUUACAGAUCUUUUUUUUUAUUUUUUUUUUAUAAAAUUAAUUUAUUACUGAUGCAUUAUGACUAGCGGUUGAGACAAUGUGACUUGUAAAAGAGUCAUACUGAGUUCAUUCUUCCAGUUUUCAUUUCAGUUGUUUACUAGACGUUGUUCAUUACGGUCAGUCGGCUGUUCAGUGCAUUUACGUUGUUAAUUGAGAGCGCGAGUUAAAAUAGUAGAAAAAAAAGAGGAAUUAUUUCAAAUGUGGUUUAAUAGUUACCAAGAAGGGUAUAAGACGUACGUAUCUGAGGAAAUGACCUGUUUUUUAAUGUUUAUGAACGAAUCUUCAAUGGAGACGAGGCAUUUGAAUAGACGUACCUCAAUCAGAGCUGAAUUUUUGCUACGAAUUUAAAGAAGUGUUUCUUGUAAGUAACAUUCCAUUAAAAAAUUUGAGAAAUCCAUGUUACGUAAUUUUUAAAAAAACUACUUGGACUGAAAAAUGUUAGUGACAGCCACGAUAAAGAAUUUGAAAUCACAUGGACUUUUGCUAAAUAUACAUUCAGUGAACUGUGUUUAACAAGAAUUCAGAACAUGUUAGAAAAACUUCUGGAUACAAAUUUUUGGGAAACGUGACAAGUUUUAGCAUUAUAUACUCUCUACUCGUACUAUCUUUUGUCAAAGUAGACCUUGAACAGCUAUUUUCCUUGCACAAGUGAUUAUGAAAUUAUAGAACGUUGAAAUUUUACUUCAGGAAAGCACAUAUUUUAAAUACUGAAACUUUGUCUGAACUCUAUAGUUUAUGUGGUAAGUUUUCCUUUUUUAUAUAUUUUGUUUUUAGCAUUACUAUUUAGCAUUAAUUGUAUUGGGAUGUAUUUUCUGUGAAAAUGUUCAUAUUUACAUUUAGACCAGGGCGGAUCUGUCGAAAUAUAUCACUUUUUUGAUGUGGCUAAUUUUUGCUGGAAUAUCUUCAGUACAUCUCACUU